UUAGCCUUCGUUGGAUUCGGACGUUUGGCAACGCGCUCGGCAUCCACAUUCAAAAGGCAAAAGUUCGUUUUUAUGGAAGAAGAAGAAGCUGAAAGUGUGAACCGUUGAGAUGAGCCCCUCACCAGGAGGACAACAGGAUAGGACCAUACCAGAUUGGAUGGAUCCUGGAAAUCAUUAUGAAAGAGUUAGUUAUUUGUAUCUUCAAGCAAAACAAGGAUUUGAUCUUCCCAAUAAUCCGUUUGUUAUUGGGAGAUCUAUUGAGCAACACGUGGGACAAAUUGAAGGUGGCUAUUUCGAAAGAAAUAAAAAGAGAUAUGUACUGAGAAUCAGAAACAAAGAGCAAGCCAGAAAGCUACUUGACCUUGAGGUUCUCAUGGAUGGAACACCAAUAGCAAUUGGCUACCAUCCCGAGUUGAAUUUUCGGAAAUUUGUUGUCGUGUGCAGUGAGGUCGAAGGUAUGACCGACGACGAGCUGCUCAAAGAACUUUUACCGCAAAAAAUAACAGCUGUCCGUCGUAUUACCAAAAAAACAACUACAGGAAUAAUUGGGACUUCCACUUUAAUUCUAACGAUUAACUCGACAGUGGUGCCAGAAUUCAUUACCUUCGGCUUCAUUCGUUUACGAACACGAAUCUACUAUCCUCAACCACUAAUUUGUCGACAUUGCCUUCAAUAUGGACAUCCGAAAAAUAAAUGUCUGAACGAGAAAGCGUGUAUCGUGUGUUCCGGUAAUCACAGCAGCGAUCUAUGCACCGCCCAAGCCGCCGCUCGCAAAAUUGCAGAAACACCCUGUACCAUCAGCUACGCAGCAGUUGUUAAAAACCAGCACGAAGUCUACAACCAAGAAAAAAGAAAACAGCAUCCGAAAAAACAAACACUGAAUGAUUUAACAGAACAACAGGCAAUCCAGAAAAGAGCACAUCACCCGACAGAAGAAACAACUCCAGCUAAAAACCUGACUGCUUCACCACCCAGCAAAAAAUUGACCCCUCAACCAUCUACGCAAGCAACGGAAGAUGGAAUUGAAGACACGCCACAAAAGGAGAGUGGCAAAAUGACCAUCGAUGCACUAGAACAGUCGCCUAAAACUUCGGUUGGCGCUAUGCAACAACUCUCCGUUAACGUUAACAUCAUCUCUUAA